CGGACCGACACUUGCUACUGACUGCAGAGCGGAGGGAGACGGACGAUGAGCAAGCCCGCGGACAAGAAGACCAAGACGACGGCGGCGGCCGGCAAGGCGCCCGCGCAGGCGGAGAAGGCGCCGACGCUGGUGGUGGUGACGGAGGAGGACGACGAGUUCGAGGAGUUCGAGGACGCCGACUGGAACGGCCAGGCGGAGGAGAAGGACGCGCACAUCAAGCAGCAGUGGCAGGACGACUGGGACGUGGAUGAGGCCGACGACGAGUUCUGCAACCAGCUGCGGAAGGAGCUGCAGAAGACCAAGUAGGGCGGGCCACCCACCUACAGGAGCUACACGUAGUUGAAAGAAGACGGACGACUGCUGCUAAUGCAAGACGACGGGCGGGUGCAACUGAACUAAGCCAUAAUAAAGCACCAGCGACAACGGACGCGACAGGCGGGCGGGCAGGCACACAGAGACCCGCGUCACGUCACGUCACGUCCGUCACUCUGCCGUUCUCCUUGA